UGAUGCAAAAUACACAAUUUUUAAAUUGCUUACUUUGUAAAAAAUAUAACGUGAAAUUGCUGACACUGAUUCGAUAGCCAUUAAGUGUAAUAAAAAAGUUAUAGCAAGCAUUUUUGCACGAACAUGCCUAACAAUAACUUUCACAGUUAUACAUUAUUUUAUUUACUUUCUAUUUAUUUAAAUAUUAACAAGAAAAUAGUGAACAUUUUUACGCGACACUUUUGGAAAACUAUUUUUUUGUUUCCCGAUGUUAAAUCGAUUGUCGGUAAGCACUUUUGUGAUCGCCUGUACAUCCCCACUUUCGCUGCAGUGGGGACAUAACGCUGAAUUACUUUGCCAUAGCCAACAGCUUUUCCAUUCAUACCCAGCGAGGCUGUCAAAUACAAUACCUGUGCCUGUCCUCAAUUAAAAAAAUUUUGGCUAUAGCACAGCCCAGUAAGGAUUCAUCUUAUAACCUAAAAAGUUACUCUUUGCAUAAUACAACGGACAGUUGUGCCGACGGCAAUUUUUAUGUAAUACAAUGUAAGAAAGAGUAUUAUAUAACAAUCUUUUUGGCCUCAUAUUUUGGUAGUUGCAAUAGUCGUUCAUUUGCCAUGGAUAAAACUGGCCGCGCUCACCUAAAGAUAGUGUCCCAAUUACUGUAAUUAAAAAAAAAGUGUAGUUCUGUGUUCAAAUAGUGAAGUGUAAGGACUUGAAGUGAACAAAAAAAAUGAAAUACUGAUACAAAACGUCACAAUCCUUCUGACGCAGUCGGGUAAAAAAACAAGAUGGCGACUCAAGAAAUCAACGUGACCAACAACCUCCUAAACGGCUGUGCCAAAAGUGAUACAGUUAACUAUUGUGAUAGGUGCAUUGAGAGUGUCGACGAGAAUAUGAAUAAUGAAGUUAGAAAUAUGACAGAAAUACAACGGUUUUAUGAUGGGAAGAAUGUUUUAAUUACUGGUGCCACAGGUUUCCUCGGCAAGAUAUUGGUGGAGAAACUAUUGAGAAGUUGCCCAGGCGUGGAGAAUCUGUACCUUCUGGUGCGGCAGAAGAGAGGAAAGGAUAUCUACUCGAGGAUCGAAGAAAUCUUUGAUGAUCCUGUGUUCAACCGGCUAAAGGAUGAAGUACCAAAGUUCCGUCACAAAGUGGUGGUGGUACCAGCUGACUGCGAGGCGACAGGACUUGGUCUCACACUUACAGACCGACAGAUGCUUACUGAGAAGGUGAACAUAAUAUUCCAUUCAGCAGCUACUGUCAAAUUUGAUGAGCACCUGCGAGCAGCCCUCGCUACUAACGUCAGGGCUCCCCUACACCUACUGCGACUGGCUCGGGAUAUGAAGAAACUAGAUGUACUAAUGCACAUAUCGACGGCGUACUCAAACUCCCAUUUGCCCAAAAUCGAGGAACGCUUCUACCCCUGCGAGGCGGACUGCGAACAGCUGCAACAGACGAUAGACAAGCUGACAGACAGACAGAUUGAUGAAGUGUUACCCACUAUACUCGGACCCUGGCCUAAUACAUACACAUUCACAAAGGCGCUCGCUGAGAAGGAGCUGAGGGUUAACGCCGGGGAUAUGCCCAUAGGUAUAUUUAGGCCAGCCAUCGUGAUAUCGACAGCUAAGGAACCUUUAAAAGGUUGGCUGGACAACAUGUACGGACCCACCGGAGUUGCAGUUGGCAGUGCGACGGGUAUCCUCAGGACAGUACAAUGUGAUGAGAUGGUGUCAGCAGACAUUGUGCCCGUCGACUCCGUGGUCAACUGCCUCAUGGUAGCGGCCUGCAGUGUACAUAACGCUUAUAAAGACAGUUCACCUCCUCUCGAGCCUCCGAUCUUCAACUUCGUCAGCUCCGUUGAGAACAGGAUAACAUGGGGCGACUUCUUGACACAGAACUUGGAGAGGAUACAUAACUAUCCCUUCUCAAAUGCUGUUUGGUUCAUAUCGCUACGGCUAACGAAAUCGGCUCUCCUCAACAAAAUAUACAUGCUGUUCUUACAUCUGCUGCCAGCAGCGAUGGUCGAUGGCCUAGCUAUGUGUCUCGGGAGGAAACCAAAGAUGCUAAAAGUAUACCGAAAGAUACACAAGUUCUCUUCUGUUCUUUCCUACUUCUGUACGAGGGAGAUCUCCUUCUGCAACAGACGGACACGGGAACUCUGGGACAAGACUUCUGAAGCCGAUAAGAUGUUAUAUCCCUUCACAAUGAGCGAAAUGAACUGGGGCGAGUAUUUUGAAGACUACAUGGUUGGUAUCAGAAGGUAUUUGUUCAAGGAGAGCGAUGACACACUGCCACAAGCCAGGAUUAAGUGGAAAAGGUUAUACUAUCUGCACCAGAUAGCAAGAUUCAUUUUCUUCGUCCUGGCGCUGUAUGUCUUAUGGUCGAUAUUCUCACUACUUUGGUGAAUAAAGGUGAUUUUAAAAUAAGUUAGGUUUAAAAAUCUCUUCAAACAAUAAAAUUGAUUUUCUUUUUAUUUAUUGCUAUUUUUGGGAAGGUUUUCAAAAAUGGUGAUAGUUUUUUGGGGGUUUUAAAAAUGUAAAUUAUUCUUCACUGUCAGUUACGGAGCCACCAUUUUAAAUAUGGCGGAUUUUUUUAUGUUUCGAAAUGUUUUUUAUCAGCCCGGUUUUUAACUAAACCUUUAAAGACCAAAAUCUUUUGUAACAUAAACUUUAAAUUUAAGAAUAACUUAGGAUAACAUAUCGAAAUGUUACCAAAACUAUUUUUCAUUAAACAUUAUGCUAUCUUUCCACCAGAACCUUAGGCCAAGCGGUAUUUUUUCAAUCAUUAACGGCAAACACUCAAAGCAUGUAAAUGACAGGUCAGUCACUUGACAUAAAGAAACGAUAUUUUCAUACAUUUGAACGACAUAAAAAUGAGAUUGUAACUAUAAAAAUAGUGAAUUGACUUGAUAUUGAUGAGUGCGUUGCGAGGUAUGUCUAUUUAAAAAUCAAUAGAAUCGCUUUUAAAAUGCAAACCGUUUUAAACACUUGAAGCUUGAAACUGGCGGCCUACCACCAUCUUUCAUACUGAUGCAUUUGUGAAAGAAAGACAGCGUAAUACAGGGCGUAUAGGCAUCUCUUUCCCACACCUGCAAAUGGUACUUUGUGUCAUGAUAGUUGACUCAUACCUUUAUACAUAUCAAAGUUGUUAAAUUCCGUCCUUAAAGUAAUUUUAAUUGAAAACAGUUCAAAAUACAUGACAAGUUAAUUGUAAACAAAAUAGGUUAAG